AUGGAAAUAGAAGAAAAAGAUAAGGAAACGCUCAAUGAUCAACCUUACUGUUCUAAUCAACAACAAAUAAAUGAAGAAGAGGAAGAAGAUAAGAUUAAGAAAGGGGAAAAGCAACCCAUUGAUAAGAUGACUCUUCUACAACAAGCAUUAUCACAAGCUAGCGUUACACGAGCUAAACGUUGCAAACAGCAACGAUUAGCAUUAUCAGAAAUGAAGAAAUGUGAUAAAAUCAAUCAAUUGCAAACCGAAAAUCGCCUUUUUCAGUCAAAUAGGCCAUCAGAAGAAACAUUUCAUGAAACCAGUGAAUUCAUGGAAGUAUGCUCAUCGGCAAUCAAAAAUCACAAAUUAUUUCCUAUUGUUGAAGUUUCAAUACCACUUUGGAAUGCGGUCGAGUCACAUUCAUCAACAAUGCAAACUUCGCUAACAGGACAAAAAACUUCGGAUUGUUGUUUAUCGCCCACCAAUCCAAUCCCAGAGAAAAAUGAUGCACAAGAAUCUGUUGAGGAAGAGAGUUGUGAUUCGAAACGGAAAGCACAAUUACCAGCUAAAGCUGUUGAAUUACUCAAAACUUGGCUAUUUUUGCAUUCAUCUCAUCCAUAUCCGAGUGAAAAUGAAAAAGCGAUGCUAUCACGAGAAACCGGCUUACAAAUGGUUCAAAUCAACAACUGGUUUAUCAAUGCUCGUCGCAGGAUAUUAAUACAAUCGAAAGAGACCCUUGAUACGAAUUUCAUCCAGGAAUCAAGCUCUAAUAUUGAUAAUGCACUCAUUGCAAAAAGGAUACGUAG